AGAACAGAUUCAUAGCAGCCGCAGGGCCAUAACCUAAUAACAAAACUCUCACUCUUCCACCACACCACCACCGCCGGAUCUUCUUCAAACCACACCUAAUGGCUGAGAAGGAAGCACCAAUUGUUCCGGAAUCUGUGUUAAAGAAACAGAAGAGAAAUGAGGAAUGGGCUUUGGCCAAGAAGCAGGCCCUUGUUGCUGUGAAGGAGAAGAAGUCUGAAAACAGGAAGCUGAUUUUCAACAGAGCUAAGCAAUAUGCUAAGGAGUACGCAGAGCAGGACAAGGAGCUGAUUCAGUUGAAGCGUGAGGCAAGGUUGAAAGGAGGGUUUUAUGUCAACCCUGAAGCUAAACUGAUAUUCAUCAUUCGUAUCCGUGGUAUAAAUGCCAUGCACCCGACAACAAAGAAGAUUCUGCAGCUAUUGCGUCUUCGACAGAUUUUUAACGGUGUGUUCCUAAAAGUUAACAAGGCAACCAUGAAUAUGUUGCACAGGGUUGAACCAUAUGUGACAUACGGUUACCCCAACUUGAAGAGUGUGAGGGAACUGAUAUACAAGAGGGGAUUUGGCAAGGUUAACAAGCAGAGAAUUCCUUUGACUGACAAUUCCAUCGUCGAACAGACUCUUGGAAAGCACAGUAUCAUCUGCGUUGAAGAUCUUAUUCACGAGAUCUUGACUGUUGGACCCCACUUUAAGGAAGCUAACAACUUCCUCUGGCCGUUCCAACUCAAGGCUCCAUUGGGUGGUCUGAAGAAGAAGAGAAACCACUAUGUUGAAGGCGGAGAUGCUGGAAACCGUGAAGAUUUCAUCAAUGAGCUUAUUAGAAGAAUGAACUAGUUUUGUUAUACUAGUAUUUUGGAAAUUUGAGGUCCUGUAAACUGCAAGUUGGAGAAAUUUUCUGUCCGCAUUGUUUUUUUGGCUUUUGUUGAAGUUGGGUUUUUUUCUUUCUGGGACAAUAUCAAGUAUGCUGAUGAAAUAUCUUUUUUUGAUUAAGAUUUAUAUUAGACGAGACACUUGUUCUAUGAUCUUCCCUUAAUUCAUGUUGAUUAAGUUAUGCAUUUG